CCGCCUCUCAUCUCCAUUUCGCGCUGGAACCUCCAAAUCUCACCACCAACCACCUUCGAUCAACCAGCACAUAGCGAAUAAUGGCCGACUCGAACAUUCAGACUCUUCUGCAGAAGCCUCGCAAUGAGUGCACGGAGUAUGAGAUCGCCCAGCUGGAAAACUGGGAGAUGAGCCAUGGCCCUCUUUCAAUCCUCCAGACUGCCGUUCGCAGCCACACGCAGGUUUUGAUCAGCAUUCGCUCAAACCGCAAGCUGCUCGCGCGCGUCAAGGCUUUCGAUCGACACUGCAAUAUGGUCCUCGAGAACGUGAAAGAGAUGUGGACCGAGACACCAAACUACCAAGGCAAGAAGGGAAGACCUGUAAACAAAGAUCGGUUCAUCAGCAAGAUGUUUCUUCGUGGCGACAGUGUUAUCAUUGUUCUUCUCAGCUAAAUCAGCCUUUGUUUCUGGAGUAAGCGUAGCUUAAGUGGAAGCUAGCUUAAAUUCUAGAGCUUGCUUAGUUCUUACAGCUAAGCUUAAUAUAUGUUGUUAGU